GGCGACCUGAAGCCGCUGCCAACUCAUCGGCGGCCCGGUGCUGCAGGGAGGGACGCGGCGGCGCAGGACGAGCCCCGCUGAGCCUUGAGAACUUUGCCAACCGAAGGAAAGGAGUUCGCUCACAAAUAAAUGCCAGUUUAUUUGCCACAUUUCUAGAAACUUUCGCGUUCAGAGGGGAUGCUCGGGGUCGCUGGAAUGACGGGCAGCAUUGCUAAUGCCCUGGCCAGUGCAGCAUGUGAACGUUGCAAGAGUGGCUUUGCAGCCACCGAGAAGAUCGUCAACAGUAAUGGGGAGCUGUACCACGAGCACUGCUUUGUGUGCGCCCAGUGUUUCCAGCAGUUUCCAGAGGGACUCUUUUAUGAGUUUGAAGGGAGAAAAUAUUGUGAACACGACUUCCAGAUUCUCUUUGCCCCUUGCUGCCACCAGUGUGGGGAGUUCAUCAUUGGUCGUGUCAUUAAGGCCAUGAACAAUAGUUGGCACCCCGACUGCUUCUGCUGUGACAUUUGCCAGGCCGUGCUGGCGGACGUGGGCUUUGUCAAAAAUGCUGGCAGGCACCUGUGUCGCCCUUGUCAUAACCGCGAGAAGGCCCGUGGCCUGGGCAAGUACAUCUGCCAGAAGUGCCACGCCAUCAUCGAAGAGCAUCCCCUGAUCUUUAAGAAUGACCCCUAUCACCCGGACCACUUCAACUGCAACAACUGCGGGAAGGAGCUGACGGCUGAAGCCAGGGAGCUGAAGGGAGAGCUCUACUGUUUGCCCUGCCACGAUAAGAUGGGUGUACCAAUCUGUGGGGCCUGUAGGAGGCCCAUCGAGGGGCGCGUUGUCAAUGCCAUGGGCAAGCAGUGGCAUGUGGAGCAUUUUGUUUGUGCCAAGUGUGAGAAGCCUUUCCUCGGCCAUCGGCAUUACGAGAGGAAAGGGUUGGCCUACUGCGAGACUCAUUAUAACCAGCUCUUCGGCGAUGUGUGCUAUCACUGCAACCGUGUGAUUGAAGGGGAUGUGGUGUCCGCUCUCAACAAGGCCUGGUGUGUCAGUUGUUUCUCGUGCUCCACCUGCAACACAAAACUCACUCUCAAAGAUAAGUUUGUUGAAAUUGACCUGAAGCCGGUGUGCAAACACUGCUUCGAGCGCAUGCCAGAGGAGCUGAAACGGCGGCUGGCUCGACGCGAGCGUGAUGCCAAAGACCGCAAGAAAAAUCCCGCCGUCAGCCUGUAGAGUUAUUAGUCUUAACUCGCCUCUCCACGGCUGGAACAAGUUUGUUGAGUUUGACAUGAAGCCGGUUUGUAAAAAGUGCUAUGAAAGGUUCCCUCUGGAGCUGAAGAAGAGGCUGAAGAAGCUGGCUGAGUCUUUGGGACACAAGUGAGCGGCUUCGCUGCCUCACUCUCCCGUAAGUGUUCCCGCUAUCGCCUGUGGACUGCUUGAUAACAACCCAAGAAUUGUACCUCAGUGUUGAGAUCCAUUUAAAAUAUAAAUCUAUGUCACUGUGGUGUUGUCUAAAAGGGGCCGGUUAGCAGAUUACUUUUUUUCUGCCAUAGACACAAAUGUAAUUGUUCCUAAAUGGGCCGGAUAUUUUUUUUUAUCAUAGCAGAGACAAUGUGUCCCAGUUAAUUAUAACUUUACCCAUGAGCCUGAUAACCAACUGUCUAAAAUGUUCUUGAACCUGAAGGUUGUUAUAUAUAGAAAUUAUAUUGAAUAACAUGUGUGCCUUGAUUAUAAGAAGAAUGUGUCUUAAAAUGCAAAUUAUGUUUCAAAUGAGACGUAGCCUUGUUGUAGCUGCACCUCAUUAAAUGCACCUCGAUCACACAAAGUAUAGACUGAAAGCAGAGUUACGACCUUUUCCCCCUUUUGAGCUCAUACCUCCGUAUGAAUACUUGCAAAGUCACCACUUGUGCUCUUUAGGAUAUCGGUUUCUAUUCUUGCUAACAUGAAAUUAUAAUCUCUAUGUUUCAAGGACAAGGCUCAUAAACAAGCCUAUAAGCAUUAAUGAACCCACCGGUUAUGAAUAAUAAAUAUAAACUUGUGAUGAA